UUGGUGAUGAGGAACCCAGUGAUCAUGUCCGCAGCAUCACACAGACGCCAUUACGGAGUGUGUAUAACAGCGAUAUUUUCUGGACACAUCUUCAACCACGCCCAGUAGCAGGGUACACAAAUCAGUAAGGUACCCUCUCCGUUCAAUUUGUUUAAAGGACCGAACCGGUACAUACUCUGGCUGUGAGGUUUAAGCGACGCUUGCUUAUGCCAUGGAGCGGCGGAACCGUGGUAAGUCUAGCACGAAGGAAUGAGAUUGAAGCAAGAAAUUAGGCAAGUGGAGCCUCCACAUUCACUCGUGCUGAGCAACAAUUCAACCAGGGAUAUAGAUGAUAUUUCAUUAAAAAAAGCAAACACUAAAGUUUCUCCAGAAACUUUAAGUCACAGGUUAGAAAAGGGAUGGCAGCAUCUCCAGGAAUGUCCCGAUUCAUACCUCAACAACAACAACAAUCCAUUAGAUUUAAACGACAACAAGCUCGAUGACGGCAACGUGGCUACUUCAGCAGAGGUUAGCCCUUCCUAUGUGGAUGGCGAUUACAGAAACAUGUCCUCCGAUGAUAGUGAUUCCAGCUCAGAUGAUGAAAGCAGCGCUAGCUACAGCGACACGAGUCCUUUGUUGGACGUGAGUAGCCUUGGAAACAGCGAUGUUAGUCUGGAUUCAGACAUGUCGGAAGAUAGCAGUAGUUCAAGUAGCAGCAGCAGUAGUAGUUCAGACGGUUGUAUGCUGGAUGGUUGCAAUAAUUUCAACAAUAAUAAUGGUGAUGAAGAAGAAGAUAUGUCCAUCAUGGAUGCGCCAUCUAUGCAGUCUUCCUGGAUGUCUUUUUCGUCCGCUGCGUCGACGCCUUCUUUGGCUGGACCAUCACGUGGUCAGAUUGUCUUGCCUGAUGUCCUGCCUAUUGGAAAGAUGCCCAAGAAUGACGAUGAAGAUCCCGUACUUUGUGACAACAGCUCUUCUGCGUCAUACAGCGCUGUCUCAACCAGGAACUUAGAAAUAACCUUCGAAAAGAAAAGGUCAGGUCAGGAUCUUGGUGCCCCUAGAAUGUCUGGAGAUUGCUGCUUAGUUGAGAUAACAGCUCAACCAGAUGUUCAGGUUGAUAUCAGAGUGAAUUCUGUGUCCAGCAGACGUGAAUCCAGACCUAUGUCAAUUAAACAUGGAAAUACAUAUCCACGUGAAGCCAGAAACAACAAGCGUUAUUUGAAAAACAGAGACAUCAGUGCAUGGAUCGUGAAUGAUUCAUUUGAUGAAUACAAUGACGACAAGACAAAUAAACCAUGGACUCUAGAUGAAGGGAUCCGUCUAAACAAUUUUACUAUAGUCAAUGGAUUUAAGACACUUAGUCUCACCGAACUUGUCAACCCAAAUACGAAUGAAGAAAAUGAAGUUAUUCAAAAAUUAGAAACUGAGAGCAGACAUACAUUCAAUGAUGCUCGCAAUACGAAGAGUAAUGCCCCAUCAUACACAAAUUCAUAUCGAAAUUUUGAACGAAAUUAUUCUAAACUUCCAGCAAAUGUUCAUAUGUGUUGCAAAGAUAACUGGAGACAUCAAAAGGAUUUCAAAAAUGCUGUUCUUAAACAAAAACCUCCUAGUAUAGAGAAUAAUUCAGCUAAUAAAAUCAGUUCAGUUCCAACAUCAUCAGAAGAAUCUUAUCCACCUAAGAUUUCUCCUCAAAAGCCAAGAAACAUGCCUAAAGAAAAUCCAGUUGAAAAACCCAAAUUAAAUAUCCCAUCAAGAAUAUCAGCAACAGAUAAUAAUUCGAAUAAAUUAGUUCAGACGGAUAAGUUACCACCAAAACCAAGGAAAGAGCCUGCAUAUUGUCCCAAAAAGAAACCGAGUGAUAGUAAGUUGUCAUCACCGGAGUUGUUUGAAGUUUAUACCAUGGAAACAGCGCUACCUCAAAUUAACUGGGCUGCUAUAAGCAAAGGAUGUAAAGAAAGUGACUGGAUUAGAAAAAGGAGAAAUGACCGAGAGGAAAUACGAAGGAAGCUUGCAAUGGAUUCUGAUACUGAAGAUUACAUCUCUGAAAAGCUAAACCAGCAUCGUGAAUUAGGUGGCUCUUAUGAUCGUCUUAAAAGUACUGGAAAUCUCCAGAUUUGUUUUAUGAAUGAAGCAGCUAAAGAUCAGGAUUUAUCAAAUCCUGAGGAUGAAUCUGUUACUGACAAGAAUAAAGUGCCAAGAGUUCAAAAGCCAGUUUUGCAUUUACCUUCUGCUACAGCUCCUCCCAAAACUGAAAAACCAAAUCUUACAAAAUUUCUGAAUAAUAACAAUACUUCACCUCAAGUAAAGAAAAGACAGAGGCCCAAGUUUUUCUUCAACCGCCCACGUAGUUGGCAUGCGUCUAAGCAAGAUGAGAACCCAUUUCCAGAGGAAGACUUGCUAACACGCCACAUGCGAUUGCAAGCUGAAGCCCGAGAGGCUUUAGCUCAAGCUAAAGAUAUGGCUCGAAUGCAGAUGGAAAUUGAAAGACAGAAGAAAAAGAAAAGUCCAAUUGCAGACAUAGUUGGUCUUCCAUUUCCUGAUGGCAAAAAUUUGCUGACUUAUCAUAAUCUUGCUGCCAUGAAUGUUGCACAGCUUCAAGUGAUUGUGAAUGAUCUCCAUUCUCAGAUAGAAACAUUGAAUGAGGAUUUGGUAAAACUUUUGUUAGAACGAGAUGAUCUGCAUAUGGAGCAGGACUCCAAAUUAGUGGAUAUUGAAGACUUGACUCGCUACUUAGGCUUGAAAGGAAGUGGUAGUGUUAGUUCCUCGAGUUCUCAAGUUUCUGUCAACAGUACCUCCGACAGCAAGAAACAGGCAGAGUCUGUAAGGAGGUCACAGAGCGUUCAUUUAAAAUCCAAGAACCUCAUGUAGCCUCUUCAUCAGCUCACUUUUUUCAAAGAUGGUGGCAAUCGUAGAUGAAGAGAAGUGCACAAACGAUUCUGGAUGUUCAAAUUUGAUUUUUUUCCCCCUCAGAUUUGUAUUCAGAUAUUCACCUGUGCACUUGCAUCAUGUCAUACUCUGCAAGCUUGCAAGAAGUGAUUCUGUCACCAAUACAUUCCAACUGAGUUUGAAAUAUGUGAGCUUUUUCUAUGCACCUAUUCAUAGUGUUUUAUUUUGUGCCAUUCCUUUUUUAUUUUCCCUCCCUCUUCAGUUAUCAUGACAGUUAACCUACAAAUUUUUCAAUUGUUUUUUAAAAAAUUUCAUAUGCAGUAGUUCCAGUAACAAGAUAGUUUUUCAUUUAUUUAACAUUGAUCUGUAUAUAAGUUAUCACAAUAAUUUGUAUCCAAAAUAAUCUGCAAAUUAUAAAGAAUUACUAAAUGUCUAAGAAUUGAAAAGCUUUUGUUGUAAGUGAAAACUGCUGCAGUUGCAUGCAUGUAUAUAUGUAUUGUCUUUUUAAUGUUUCCAUGUUAUUAUUUAAGAACGUAUAUGUACAUAUAAAAAAAUCUAUAAAAUUAUUGCAAUUACUUUUUUUUUAGUUUUCCUCUUCCUAAAACUUAUGUUCUAGGAAUACUGAGAAUUGUCAAUUUUCAUAGAAACUUAAUCCAUUGUUAGCACAAAUUGUAAUGAAAAUC